UCGCCUUCCAACUUUUAGCCUUCGGUCAUGUUCAAACAGAGCUGUACGAAUCUGAAGAAGCUUCCCAAACAGCGCGUUCGCAAAUGGCUUGGUGGCAUCGAGACAAUUAUUUUCGAUGCAGAUGGUGUGCUGUGGAGCUUCGGUGAAGCGAUUAAGGGUUCUGUGGACACAUUUAACUUGAUACGUUCUCUGGGUCGGAACACCUUUGUGGCAACCAAUAAUUCGGAGGCAUUGACCGAAACUCUAGUGAAGAAGGCUCUGGGCUUUGGCUAUGAAUUGAAAGAACAGGAACUGAUCUCGUCGUCCAUGUCCAUUGCAAACUUUUUAGCCUCGCGGCAGUUUCAAAAGAAGGUCUACGUGAUUGGAGAGCAGGGUGUUGCCGAUGAGUUGGCCAAGGUUGGCAUAUGCUCGGAGUUCAAGAUUAAAGAUGAGCUGACAGUGCCCAGUAAACAGUUCGCAGCCGAAAUGGAAAUCGAUGAGGAUGUAGGCGCUGUUGUUGUGGCCAAGGACGAUAAUUUUUCGGUAGCAAAGAUCAUACGAGCUUGCAACUAUUUGCAGAAUCCAAAGACACUCUUUCUGGCCACUUGCGUCGAUGCCUCCUAUCCGAUAGGUGUGGGUAAUCGGAUUAUUGUCGGUGCGGCCGCCAUGUUAGCAGCCGUACAAGCCAUAUGUAAACGCAAGCCCCUAAUUCUGGGGAAACCGAAUCCUCUAAUGGCGGCCGAAUUGCUACAGUGUGGCGUCAUUAAGCCGGAAACGACGCUCAUGGUCGGGGACACCCUUCACACGGACAUAGCCUUUGGUUGUAACUGCGGUUUCCACACAAUGUUGGUGGGCACCGGUGUUAGCUCGUUAAAGGAGGCGCAAGCCCUGAUCGAGGAUGAUGAUGACAAGAAGAAGAACAUGAUACCGGAUACAUAUUUACCCAGUGUGUGCGACCUUCAAGAGUUUUUGUGUUAGUUUCUUUGUACAUAAUUAAAAUUUGGUCUUCAAUAGAGAAACAAUCCCAUAACUAUCACAUAUAGAAGAAAAUGGUAUUUGCUAAAAACAA